AUGGACGACGCAAACGCGACGGUGACGACUCUGGCAGAACUCCUUCACUCUCCUCGCCCUCACACCGCCACCGCCUCCGCCUCUUCCCUUUUCUCUUCCACGCCCCCGCUGCACCGCUCCACCACCCACCGCGUCCUCACCGCCCUUCCUCGCCCAACCGUCCUCGUAGGAACCCUAACACUCCCCACCCUCCCCCCCCCCCCCUCCCUUCCCUGCUCCUGCCUCCGCUUCUCCGACACCUCCGCCACCCUUUGCUGCGACCUCCUCCACUUUCGCCCCGCCGCUCUGAACAGGGAAAUCCGCGUCACCUCCUGGAACUUCGUCCCUUUCAAGCGCCACGGCCGCGACGUUGCCCACGGCCUUUUAGAGAUCAUCAAUUGGCGCUUCUCCGACCCCAGCCACGGGUCCAACGCCUUGGAAUCGCUUCCGCUGGCACUUAAUUGUGGCAGGCAAACCGGCGCCAGAACGAGAAGCAUACACGGCGUGGUGGAGUCCGUAGGUCCCAUCUCCGUCGUGCCGUGCACCAUGGCGGCUAGUACCUCUGACUUGAAUUCAGGCUCCAAGGUGAACCUGCCAGGGUUUUUAGUGCAAUUGGUGUGUUGUGAGUGUAAGUUGUGUUGUUCCAAGGAGGUUUUAAUUGACAAAUUGAGUGAGAGUAGGAAAGGACACUCUUUUACCAAAACGGUGAUUGUGUACUUUUGUGGCAGUGCUUCCUCUUGGCACCCUGCAAUCACCAAGAUGAUUGGUGUCCGCGUUGUGGUGUCUGGUUUGAAGAAGAAGGUGGUUUACGUGACGAAGGAAGUGUCUCAAGUUAUGUAUGUGACUGUAGAUGAGUCGGUUCUGCAUGUUGGGUCUUGUUCUGAGAAUUGCAUUCCAAGCUUAAAGAGUAGGAUCAAGGGAAAGGGUGAAUCUGGUGCUUAUACUGGCGUAGUUAAAGGUGUUUACAUGCAAGGGAUGGUUCUGGAAUUGGACCAUGAUGUGUGGCUUCUUUUAACUGAUCAACUGCACACCUCGAUGCAUGGUCUGAGAGUUGGCUCCAUUUUGUCAGUGAGAAAUGUGCAUUUUGUGAAUCCGAAGUUUUCGUGGACAAAAAUCAUUAUUCUUGGGGCCUGCAUCAAGACCAGCAUUGUAGUGCAAUCCUUCUCCCCUUCGGAAACUGUUCUAGUUGCCUAUUCAUAUCCUUUGCAGAAAAGUGAUAAUUCAGUUCAGUAUUGCAGGUGUAAUGUAGUUUUUCCAUCUACCGGUAUGUUAGGGAAGUUCACUCAAUCGUUACCAUUUUCUGCAAGACUCUGGGUAUUACUUCUUGUCUCAAGCUUCCGGAAAAAGUUUGCAGGUGUCUUAUCUGACAAGGAGAUUUUGGGAUCAAAACAUGUUUUACCAGAAAGAAGGGCUAGUUCAGAUCAUGGUGCUCUCGUGGGGCUGUGUACACAUGACUUGAAUGGUUGUGGUAGAGUACUGCAUUGCAGUUUUCUGAAAUUGAUUGAUCCUUCGACUAGGAGAUUGCGGCUGGUUGAUGCAACUGGUGGCGUUGAUAUUUUUAUACCAGACCUUCCCUUAACUUGGAAUCCCAACGAAAUAUAUGAGGUGACGGACUAUGAGGUUUUAGUGGACAGCAUAGGCGAACCUAUGGAUCAGUCCAAAUUUCUUGGCAGCGAUAAAGCGGGAUCUAGUAAGUCAAGUACUUUUGUUGAAGCCAUACUUUUUCCAUUCAUUUUAUUGUUUGCUGGGAAGAGUAGAAUAGCGCAUCCAUGCAAUGCUUCUUGCGACAAGACAAAGGAACUUCUGAAAUCUUGUCUGAGUAGUAAUAAGGAAGAUAAAUUCUCCAAUAAGAGGCAGAAACUUAUUAAGGAAUCAGUAAGUUCAUCAAAGGAUGGAUUUCAGUCUUCCAUCUAUGGGCUGAGUGCGUGUUCUAAUUCUUCCAGGAAACCAGCAGAGAACAAAAAAUGUGUCAGCAUGAGAUCUUUUCAUGAUUUAUCUUGUCUGGUUACUUUUAAAAUCCUUCAAAAUGAGAGCGAGGUUUGCCCAGCUAUCUUGCGCUCUACAUCACCUAUCAAAGAUACAAGUUUUAAUUCAAAACCUUCUUCAAAGAAAAUUUUGCUGGAGUUCUCAUCAGAUAGAUUUUUAAAGUACCAGUUGCUGCAGAUUGGUGACUAUUACAUCAUAGAUCAUAACAGAAAUGAUUGCUUCGGCAGUAGUACAAAAGAUGCUGACUUUGGUAUCAGUGACAGUGCUAAAUUACUUGUUGAUUCUGGAAAAAAUAUUUGGAGCCUUUCAUUUGUUUAUGAUAAGAACCUUUCUGAUCAUCUAUCAGAAUAUACAUCUGCAAAAGAUUCUUUAUUUCCUACAAUAGAUGGAGUGUUACAUAACCAUCAAAAACUUCUGCCGAGGUCCAAAGGUGAACCUUCGGGUGUCUGUUCAGAUGUUUGUCUGUAUCUCCCCAUCAGUCUUGCAAAUAUGUUGGGGGAUAAUGUUAUGGAAUUGGAAGAUAGUCAAAGCUUGCAGUUUGCAAUAUCAGAAGAUAGUGCCAACCUUUCUUCAUGUACUGAGACUCUAGUGGCUAGGCCUAAGUCUUGUUUUGGAAGUCAGAGAUCAAACAGCUUGUUCCCCGAGGGAAAUUUGAUAUCUCUUGAGGGAAAUGUGAUUGAAAUUCAUGAAAUUGGCUCUGGUUUCUUCAAUUCAUGCUCAAAUGGUGCAAACAUUGAUGCCCUCCAGUUGAAAGGCCUCAUUGAGACUAGAAGCAGUUUCUGCAUUCACGUGAAUAUUUGUGGUUCUGUAAAUAAGCAUACUUUCCCUACUGGAUUUGGACCUGGUGUAACUGCAACAUUUCAUAGAAUUCUCAAUGCACGUGACAAGCCCUCUUUCUUAAACUCUACUAAAGAUGCUGACAAUGCAUCUCAAAAUUCUAUCUCUUGUUUGAUCUUCCAAUUGCCCCAGAGCUUGAGCCACAAGCAAAUAGUGCUUCGAUGCAGGGUAGUUGCAGUCUUUGUUCUAGUUAUAGAGAGAAAGAGUACAAAUUUAAUUGCAGAAACAAAAUCUAAUGCUAUGGGGACUCUUUUGGACAUUCCACUUGCUAGUUUUUUGUUGGAAGAUGGGUCAUCAUCAUGUUGUUGCUGGGCUAGAGCUGAAAGGGCAGCAACUUUGUUGAGACUACCUGAAGAACUCACCACAUCUCAUCAUCUAGGGAGAAUUUUGAAAAGGCACAAACGAAUUACUGUGAAAAGUCAUGGAUUAUAUAUUGAUUCUCCUUAUCAAGAUCAUAUUGUUUCUGUUACUUCUGGUAAUGCUCUUUGCAGUUCCGAUGAAAACAUCCUCAAGUUGAUAAUAUUCAAUGCAUGUAUCGGUGGAAUAUGGAAUGUUGUUGGUAGUGGGAUGGAUGCAGAGGAAACAAGGCAGUUGGAAAAGGAAUACCUUACAGACAUACUAAAUGUGCAAAACAUGCGGAAUAUAUGGGCCGAAGAAGUCUCUUACUCACGCACUCUGGCUGAGGCAAGGAAUAUGAUUCAGGAACUUUUGAAAAGAUAA